AUGCAACCAGUUUUACAAAAAAAUAUUUUUGAUGCAUGGUUGGAUGAAUCUGUGGAUGCAGACCUAUGGCAGAACCCUGAGACCACGUUUGAAGUGUAUGUCGAAGUGGCCUAUCCUAGGACAGGUGGCACUCUUUCAGAUCCUGAGGUGCAGAGGCAAUUCCCGGAGGACUACAGUGACCAGGAAGUUCUACAGACUUUGACCAAGUUUUGUUUCCCCUUCUAUGUGGACAGUCUCACAGUUAGCCAAGUUGGCCAGAACUUCACGUUCGUGCUCACUGACAUUGACAGCAAACAGAGAUUCGGGUUCUGCCGCUUAUCUUCAGGAGCGAAGAGCUGCUUCUGUAUCUUAAGCUAUCUCCCCUGGUUCGAGGUGUUUUAUAAGCUUCUUAACAUCUUGGCAGAUUACACAACAAAAAACCAGGAAAACCAGUGGAAUGAGCUUCUUGAAACUCUGCACAAACUUCCCAUCCCUGACCCAGGAGUGUCUGUUCAUCUCAGCAUGCAUUCUUAUUUUACUGUGCCAGAUACCAGAGAACUUCCCAGUAUACCUGAAAAUAGAAAUCUGACAGAAUAUUUUGUGGCCGUGGAUGUGAACAACAUGUUGCAUCUGUACGCCAGUAUGCUCUACGAGCGCCGGAUACUCAUCGUUUGCAGCAAACUCAGCACUUUGACUGCCUGCAUCCACGGGGCCGCGGCCAUGCUCUACCCCAUGUACUGGCAGCACGUCUACAUCCCCGUGCUGCCGCCACACCUGCUGGACUACUGCUGUGCUCCCAUGCCUUACCUCAUAGGAAUCCAUUUAAGUUUAAUGGAGAAAGUCAGAAACAUGGCCCUGGAUGAUGUUGUGAUCCUGAAUGUGGACACCAACACCCUGGAAACCCCCUUCGAUGACCUCCAGAGCCUCCCAAACGACGUGAUUUCUUCUCUGAAGAGCAGACUGAAGAAGGUCUCCACAACAACUGGUGAUGGCGUGGCCAGAGCUUUCCUCAAGGCUCAGGCCGCUUUCUUCGGUAGCUACCGAAAUGCUCUGAAAAUUGAGCCGGAGGAGCCGAUCACCUUCUGUGAGGAGGCCUUCGUGUCCCACUAUCGCUCUGGAGCCAUGAGGCAGUUCCUGCAGAACGCCACACAGCUGCAGCUCUUCAAACAGUUUAUUGAUGGUCGAUUAGACCUGCUCAACUCCGGCGAAGGUUUCAGUGAUAUCUUUGAAGAGGAGAUCAACAUGGGCGAGUAUGCUGGCAGUGAUAAACUCUACCAUCAGUGGCUCUCCACAGUCCGGAAAGGAAGCGGAGCGAUUCUGAAUACUGUGAAAACCAAAGCAAACCCAGCCAUGAAGACUGUCUACAAGUUUGCAAAAGAUCAUGCAAAAAUGGGAAUAAAAGAGGUGAAAAACCGCUUGAAGCAAAAGGACAUCGCCGAGAAUGGCUGUGCUCCCACCGCAGACGAACAGCUGCCAAAGACUGUGCCUUCUCCCAUGGCAGGGGCCAAGGACCCCAGGCUCCGAGAAGACCGGAGGCCAAUCACAGUCCACUUUGGGCAGCCGCUACGACUCCGUCCCACCCGACCGCCGCCUCCCAAGAUACAGCGCUGGAGGCCCGUGCGCCCGCCCCGUCCGCACGUCGUCAAGAGGCCGAAGAGCAACAUCUCAGUGGAGGGCCGGAGGACGUCCAUCUCAAGCCCUGAGCACCUGGCAAAGCCCUCGCGACACUAUGCGGUCUUCCUCUCCGAGGACUCCUCUGACGAUGAGUACCAGUGGGAGGAGGGCCCGAGCUCUGGCUUCACCGAAAGCUUUUUCUUCUCCGCUCCCUUUGAAUGGCCGCAGCCAUAUCGGACACUCAGGGAGUCCGACAGUGCGGAAGGUGACGAGGCAGAGAGUCCAGAGCAGCGAACGCAGGGUCCUGCAGGCCCUGUCCCCGGUCCACCCGACCGCACUGCCAGUAUCGACCUCCUGGAAGAUGUCUUCAGCAGCCUGGACAUGGAGGCCCCCCUGCAGCCCCUGGGCCAGGCCAAGAGCUUAGAGGACCUUCGGGCCUCCAAAGAGCUGCGGGAGCAGCCAGGGACCUUCGACUACCAGAGACUGGACCUGGGCGGGAGUGAGCGGAGCCGCGGCGUGAUGGUGGCCUUGAAGCUUGCCCACCCGUACAACAAGCUCUGGAGCCUGGGCCAGGAUGACAUGGCCCUCCCCAACAAGGCCACAGCCACCUCCCCUGAGAAGUCCUCAGUCCUGCUUGGGAACUCCCCGGCCCUGCCCUGCAGGCCCCAGAACCGGGACAGCAUCGUGAACCCCAGCGACAAGGAGGAGGCGCCCACCCCCACCCCCGGCAGCAUCACCAUCCCCCGGCCCCAGGGCAGGAAGACCCCAGAGCUGGGCAUCGUGCCUCCACCACCCACCGCCCGCCCAGCCAAGCUCCAGGCACCUAGCGCUAACCUCGCCGACUUCUCAGACCGGCAGCUGAUGGAUAAGGAGCAGCGCGCCACCCUGAGCCCAGCCCCAUUCCCUGGGCUCCUCUCCAGUGCUGCCCCCAAAGGUCCCACUGAACUGCUGCAGCCCCUCAGCCCAGCCCCUGGCAUUCCAAGCGUGGGCGAUGAUGCCCUGCUUGCCCUCCUGGACCCACUCAGCACAGCCUGGCCGGGCAGCGCCCUCCCACCACGCCCUGCGGCCCCCGGUGUGCCGCCCCCACUUACCGCCCAGUUCAGCUUCCCCCCCGCGGGGGCCUCUUGCCCGUUCCCACAGCCACCACUCAACCCCUUUGUCCCGGCUGUGCCAGCACCACCUGCCCUGCCCCUGGGCUCCGCACCCGCCGGCCAUUUUGGGGCACCUCCUGCUUCCCGGGGACCAGCUUUCAUGCCCAGCUUCCUGCUGUCCAGUUCUGGCUUCUGUGCCCCUCACAGAUCUCAGCCCAGCCUGUCUGCCCUCUCUAUGCCCAACCUCUUUGGCCAGAUGCCCAUGGGCACCCAUACCAGUCCCUUGCAGCCGCUGGGUCCCCCAGCUGUUGCGCCUUCACGGAUCCGAACAUUGCCCCUUGCCCGCUCAAGCGCCAGGGCUGCUGAGGCCAAGCAGGGGCUGGCCUUGCGACCUGGAGACGCCCCACUCCUGCCGCCCAGACCCCCCCAGGGCCUGGAGCCAGCACUGCAGCCUUCUGAUCCUCGGCAGACCAGAGACCCCUUUGAGGAUCUGCUGCAGAAAACCAAGCAGGAGGUGAGCCCGGCGCCGGCCCCUGGCUCGGUGGAACAGCUCAGACAGCGGUGGGAGACCUUCGAGUGAGCCGGCAGAUGGCGGGGGCCAGCCAGACAAGCCUACAUCCAUGGCUCCAAGGCCAGCCAGCCCCUGCCUCCCCUGUAUUCUCUGUCUGCCUGGGUUCUGCUGGUGGGAGGGAUGCAACCCCAGCCACGCACCCCCACCCCCUCCACUCCGCCACCUCCGAGGUCUGGCUCUGGGGAGUAGCAUCACGUUCAGCCUGGCAAUCGACCCAGCUCCUGGGUGCCCGCUCCGCCCACCACCCCCUCAGCACCCAGACCGGGUUUUGCACUAAGGCAGUCGUCUGGGCCAGUGACAGUCCCAGCCCAUGCCCCACUACCCUCCCUCUGGAAAGGUCCCUGAGGAGCUGUGAGGCUCAGGCCAGCCCUCCUGUCCCUCCUGCAGCCUGCCCUACACACCCACCUCCACGGCAUGGCAUUGGCGUCCUCAGUGUGAGCGCGCCUGCGUGGGUGGGCUGGGGUGGAAGUGGGGCCUUCCAGGCUGGGGCGUCUGCCCAGUGGGGCAUCUCCAAAUCCUCUCUAGCAAUACGCCUGCCCUUUCAGGAGUCCUCACCCCAACCCCCAGACGCCAGCAGUUCUGGCUUGGUAGGCUCUGGGAGCCAAAGGCAGUUAGGGUCCAGCCCCCCAGCCCUGUGGGGGGGUGGGGGGUGGGAGCACCAGCAACUCGGACCCAGAAGGAAAGUAGAACCCCCUGAUCUCAGUAUGUCCGGAGUCCUCAGCCCUCAGCCAGCGCGCACUCUGAUUCUCCGGCCUCCCCUGGUCUCCCAUCACUGUCAAACUGGAGUUCAGCAUCUUGUUACUAGAGGCUUGGGGGGCAGAGCUGAGAAACAGUGCCCGGAUACCACCCGAAGCCCUGACCAAACACCACGGGCCCAUGCGGGAUACUCAGCUGCCCCAGCUCUUGGGGUCGAGCAGCGCUCCCAGGUUGGGCAGGGCCGUAACCUGGGGGCAGAGGGGAGUGAACCCACUGGGCUGCUUUCAGCCCAGAGGCAGAAGGAGGCUGAGUCCCUCCACCCCUUCCCUAUCCUCCAGUGCAGAAAUUCCAGAGGCCAACGUCACCAAAGUGGAAUCGAAAUGUUUUGUUAGUGUUUCUUUUAUCUUUCUUUUUACCUUACUGAAUUGAUGAAUCUUGAAAUUGACUCAUUUCAAUAAACUAAGUUCAAAUAUGGCUCAAA